CAGCCCGAGCCUGGAGACAUGGCUACACCGUUCCUGCCCGCCGGGGCCGCCACGGGCGACAGUGGCGGUGAGCUGAGCUCAGGGGACGACUCUGGGGAUAUGGAGUGUCUCCAGAGCCCCGAGAGCGACCCGUCCCGGAGCCUGGCGGAGCUGUUUGAGAAGGCGGCCGCGCACCUCCAAGGCCUCGUUCAGGUGGCCAGCCGGGAGCAGCUGUUGUACCUGUAUGCCAGGUACAAGCAGGUCAAAGUUGGAAAUUGCAAUACUCCUAAACCAAGCUUUUUUGAUUUUGAAGGGAAGCAAAAAUGGGAAGCAUGGAAAGCACUUGGUGACUCAAGCCCCAACCAAGCAAUGCAGGAAUAUAUUGCAGCAGUUAAAAAAUUAGAUCCAGGUUGGAAUCCUCAGAUACCGGAGAAGAAAGGAAAAGAGGCAAAGAGUGGUUUUGGUGGGCCAGUUGUUAGUUCUCUGUAUCAUGAAGAAACCAUCAGGGAAGAAGACAAAAACAUAUUUGAUUACUGCAGGGAAAACAACAUUGACCAUAUAACCAAAGCCAUCAAAUCAAAAAAUGUGGAAGUGAAUAUGAGAGAUGAAGAGGGCAGAGCUCUUCUCCACUGGGCAUGUGAUCGAGGACAUAAGGAACUAGUCACAGUCUUGCUACAAUAUAAAGCUGACAUUAAUUGUCAGGACAAUGAAGGCCAAACAGCUCUUCAUUAUGCUGCUGCCUGUGAAUUUUUGGAUAUUGUGGAGCUGCUGCUCCAAUCUGGCGCUGACCCCACUCUCCGAGACCAAGAUGGCUGUCUCCCAGAAGAGGUGACAGGCUGCAAAGCAGUUUCUUUGGUGCUGCAGCGGCACACAGCUAGCAAGGCUUAAUCAAAAGACUGAAAGAUCACGGUCUAUGAUAGGAGAGGGAUUUAGGGAUGG